AUGUCGUACGGUGCUCUGGUGGCCAGUGACUACGCCAUGUACUUCAAGACUGUCCCUGACGUGUAUGAAGCGUGGGUCAUUUACAACUUCCUCUCGCUCUGCCUGGCGUGGGUGGGAGGCCCAGGUGCAGUGGCCAUCAGCCUCACAGGGCGCGUUCUCAAGCCCUCCACGCUGCUCCUCACGUGCUGGCUCCCACCCAUACCGCUGGAUGGGCAUUUCAUCCGCCACUGCAAGCGAGGCUGCCUGCAGUUCGUCUUCAUCAAGCCGCUCCUCGCCGCGCUCUGCCUCGCCCUCUACAGCACUGGCCUCUACGAGGAGGGUGUGUUCGCUCUCACCAACGGCUACCCCUACGUGACAUGUGUGUACAUGGUGUCGUACUCCCUCGCGGUGUACGCGCUGCUCUUCUUCUACUUUGGCUGCCACGACCUGCUGCGCUCCUUCAACCCCAUCCCCAAGUUCAUCAUGAUCAAGCUCGUCGUCGUCCUCACCUACUGGCAGAGCGUUGUGGUGUUUGUAGCGGGCCACCUGGGUCUGGUUCGCUCCGAAGACGACGCGGCAGACCUGCAGUCGCUGCUGCUGUGCUGUGAGAUGGCCCUCGCUGCCGUGGGCUUUGCAUGGGCCUUCCCCGUCACACCCUUCGCAGCCGCCAGCGUGGGGGGCGGUGGCGGGGGGAUAGUGGAGGAGGCGGGGGGGUUCUUUCAGAGGCUCAGGCAUGCAGCAGCUGUGGGGGAUGUGGUGGACGACACUGUUCACCAGUUCUCCCCGACGUACCAUGACUAUGUGCUCUACAGCGAUGGCUCCACCCAGGCCAAGCACUUCCGCACUCGCACGUUCGUGCCCAUGGGCAGGGAGAUGGAGGCAUACCGCAAGGACGGCAAGAUCAACUCCAUCCAAUCGCCAGACUACAUCCUCGCUCCGCCUCCUCCGCUCCACCCUUUCACCUGCAAGCCCUUCGCCACCACCACUAGCAGCACCACUGGCACCAGCAGCACCACCGGCACCAGCAGCACAGCUGGCGUGGCGGCUGACACUGCAACGCACAUGCAGCCAGAGGAGCAGAAACCACAGCGGCGACAGCAAUAG